CUACAUUAUUUUGUAAUAUGAUCCACAAUCAUUUCAGUUAUAUUUAAUCAUUGAAAUUUUUAUCCUCUGAAAGAGCUUACACCCUGGGAAGUUUCCAACUGGAUUAAAACAGAUAUCUAGUUUUAUCUGAUUCUGGUUUAAAUUUUAACAUAAUUACAUGAAAUCAACAAAAUGUCAGUAGAAAUUAAUGAUAAGAAGUUAGGAAGUAGUCAGAAACUCUCGUAUAAUAGUAGUUCCAUAUGUGAAAUAAAAUGCUUCUAAAGUGAUAACAGAUCUAAUGAUGUUCCAUGUAGCUGUACCUUAUAAAUGUAAUAUGCGAGUUACAUCUUUAUUAAAAUAAACCAGAUUAGUUAGCCCCGGACAAAUGCUGUGACCCGGAUAAAACCUUUUUUUAAAAAGAAAGUUAUUUUUAUUCAAUAUUUUCGUGAAAAAAACAUGAUAAUGUCUCGAAAGAGUGGAGUAUCCCAAUUUAACAUUGUCACAAAUCAUGCAUUGAAUUAAGCAAUCUCUGAUGACGAUAAUCAUUCACAAUACACGAUAUAUAUACAACAACUACAUUGUUAUCACUCAUUUUUGACUUAUUAUUGUCCAACAUUAUUAACAAAUUGAAAUAUGAGUUUAUACUUUUGAUUUAAUAGUUUCUGUAAAUAGAAGUAGAGUUUUUUUAUGAGUGAAAGGUAAAACUGGUUUUUGUUUAGGGUUAUAGUGUUGAGAGAUCUACAUUUUUUCUGAUAAGUGAGCAUUUUAAAAAACAGGCUUUUGUUUUCGAAGCGUAACUUCAAACUAUAGUUAAGUAAAAAUAACGACACUUGUUGAAAUAAAUUAUAAACACGAUUAUAUUCACUCUUUAUAAUUUUAGUUGUAAAUGGGUUACAUACGUAAUAUCUAUGAACUCGUUAAUUUCUAGGCAAUAAAUAAACCUGAUACAGGGUUUAUUGGACCCUUAACACAAGCUGAAUAUGAACAACUUUAUCCUCGGACUGACAAGCCUGAUCUAUUGGCUGAGGUAGCUGCUGAAGAAAAUGAAUGGAUAGAAUUUGAACGGCUUGAUGAAAAAGAAGCUGUUCAAGCUGGAACUGCAGCUUGGACUCCCUUAACACCACCCUAUAUCGAUUCACAUUUCUCCAUAUGGUCUCUGUCAGAAUCUAUAAGUGCUAGUCAGCUUUAUCUGGGUGGAAAGCUACCUCCACCUCCAACAGCUAGUUGGGCAAAAGUAUUACGACGAGACUAUACAGCAGAUGAUUACGAAGAAGAAAUUGAUUAUAUGCGUGCUCGAGCUGAAAAUGAAAUCAAAUAUGAAAUCGGUGAACUGGCUCCUGUGCGAUAUGCAAUUCACGUUCAGGUUGCUUCAACGUAUUCCGAAAGUCUGAUGAUUUCUUCUUUGGCUGAAGAUUAUUAUUGUAUAGCAGGUUAUAUUGGUUGGUGUGAUCUGUCCGAUCCAAGUCUUUCCAGUCAUGUUCAGCAAAUGAGUCACGAUCCGUUACUUGUUGGUUUACGUUAUGAUGUUAGUGAAAUGGAUGGUGAUUAUCUGUUGGAGUCAAUGAUCGAUAGUAAUUUCUCAGUAAUUGAACAUCAACAACUUGUAUUCGAUUUAGCUAUUGGACCACAUCAAUUAAGACAUGCAUGUCAUUUAGCUUAUCGUCAUCCUAAAUUAAAAUUAGUACUUAAUCAUUGUGGUUUACCUGUAGAGUUUACUGCAAGCAGAUCAGACAAUUUAGCUUGGAAAAACUGGCGCUCAGACUUGGAACUACUCAGUCGAUAUCCAAAUGUUUAUUGCAAAGUGACUGGUGCUACUGGUUGUAUACAAAAGUCUUCAGAAUCAUCUAACGAUACAUCCGAUGUUUACAGUAUCGAUCAAUGGUGUGCCAGUUCAGCUUUAUCUCAUGCAAUCAGUUGUUUUGGACCAGGCCGUUGUUUAUUUGGUUCCGGUUGGCCAAUAUGUCGAUUAUUCCAACCAAAUCAAACAGGUUGGCCUGAACAAGCCACAGCUAGUGAUUUACAAACAUUUGAUAUACCUGGUGAAAUAGCCGCUAAACGUGCAAGACGAUCAGUUCCAUUGAAAGUUCUUAAUCUAUGGGAAACUGCUAGAUUGGUGGAACAUGCUAUGGGUGAUGCUGGUUAUGGAUCAGUUGAAGAUAAAGAGAAAAUAUUUUCGACAAAUGCACAACAUGUAUAUAGUUUAUCUAUUCGACCAUAUGGUUCAUGUCCAAAACUUAAACGUUCUGAAUAGUACUGAACAAUCAAUUGUAUCAUAUUAUAAAUUAUGUACGAAGUAUUUAAUGUAUUAUUAUCUAUACGCAUUAUCGAUGAAUUGGUUUUCAUACAAUGCAAAAAAUUUUAGUAAUGGGUUUUCCCCCGUUCUAUCUGUAUUGGAGCCUUUUUACUGUUAUAUAAGGCAGAUAAUUAUACAUUUGUCGGGAUUGUUUCAUUGUAAAUAAUGCUUAUAAAUUGAACAACUUAACUGAGAUUUUUUAACUAGAACCUGGUAGAAACUGUAAAAUAUCUAACCAGUUUUCGUUAUUAUAGCCGUUUUUUACAUUCUCAGAGAAGGUGAAUAUCAUUAGAUGGAUGAUUAGUGAGAAUAAUAUGACGUUUAGUCAUAGCUAUAUUCAGUAUUAUAAAUACUGAAAUCUUUGAUGUUUUUCUCCAGUAAUGGUUUGUUCACCUCCAUACCUAGCCUUAAUUAGGUAUUGAAUUAUUCAUCUCAUAGAUAAAUCUUUCCUCGCUGUGUGUUUAUUUCACUGAAUACAUAAUAUUCUCAUUUGUUGUCUGUAAUUGUAUUAUUUCACCUUGUCAUUUUCAUCUCGUCGUGCUAAUGUGAUGUGGUAACUUCGGCUAAUACAUAUUUAUGACAAGUCCUACGUUGGUUAUAAUAAAUUUAUGAAGUCAAGAAUUUCACGAUCUGUGUGAUGUUGGAUGAGCUAUAAACUUAUUAAUACUGGGAAUUUAUGUUAAUUUCUUUACAUGUGAAAAAAGUUUUCGUUUGUACAAAGCUCUGGCUAUCUUAUUUUGGCUUCGUUGUCUAACCUGAACGUCACGAACGUUAGUUGUAUAUGAUACGAUUGGAAAUUCAUUGGAACAUCAAGUAAUUACCUUCAUAAUAUAUUUAUCAAUGAAGCUUCAAUAUGUCAGCGUUUUGUAAAUGAUUUAUAAGAGAGUAUAUUAUAAUUAUUAAUGACACAAGAUCUAGUAUUGAUUGGUAAUGUGUUCGACUUUGGAUCGAAAUAUUUAUACCAUAAAAUAUCUUGUGGGUUCCUAUUUCGAAGUUUAGAAACAGAUAACAAUUAUAAAAUUAUAAGAUGACGUAAUAAGAAAUGUUCAGAUAAUUGGACCAUGAAACGUAUAGUUGAGAGAAAAUAAAGUGGUAGGAGGGUGUGAAGAAAAAUAAUAAACGAAGAGGAAGUUAGAAAAAGAAUAAAUAAAUAAAUUCAUUUAUUACUUAAGGCCAGGGAAGAGAUAAGGGUGUUACAAAUUUUUUUCUGAACACAAAGACUUGGCUUGUUGGCUCGGAUUCCUAUAGCUUCUGCUAUGUGUAAGAGACGAGAUCGAACACCAUAAGGAAAACUAGUGGGAAUACGAUAAAUAACUUUGAACGACUUGUUUCUGUCAACUAUAUGACCGCUAUCGAUCAA